AUGACAUCGUUUCUACUCGAGUUGACCGGGUUGCAAGCAAGCAAUACAACGAGCACAGAGGAGGUGCAUGACUAUGGAAAACAACCUGAAUUGGGGUGGCAAAAUGUGGCGAUCGCUUCUACCUUCAUUCUGAUCAACGGCAUUAUGUCGUUACUGCUUGGUUUAAAGCUUGAAAAGUCAUUAAUCAUUGCAGCCAUUCGAUGUCUUGUACAGCUCACUAUCAUGGGAUUCAUCUUGGAAGACGUGUUUAAAGCCCGCCAUCCUGCAAUCAUUAUGCUGAUGACCUUUGUCCUUAUCUUCCUGGGUGCAUAUGAAACCGUAUACAACAAGUCUAAGCAAACAUUCCCUGGCAUGUUUAUGGCCGUGUUAUUAUCGACAGCAGUAUCAACACUUUUGAUUGGUAUCAUUGGUAGCCGAUUCGCCAUGGAGCAGAACCCCUUUUGGAUUCCAGAGACAUUUAUUCCAACCAUGGGUAUGUUGCUUGGGAACAUGAUGAGUGGUAUGGCCGUUGCUCUUUCUACUUGCCUAUCAAGUGUCAGCACGCGAAAGGAGCAUAUUGAAACCUACCUUGCUUUUGGUGCGAGUCGAUGGGAGGCGGGUCGAUCGAUCGCUGUGGAAGCUGUACGUCUUGCUAUGUUGCCAACCAUCAAUCAAAUGUCAGUCAUUGGUUUGAUUUCGAUCCCUGGUAUGAUGACGGGUCAAAUCCUUGGUGGUGCUCCUGUAAUGUCAGCCGUACGAUAUCAACAAAUCAUCAUGUUCCUUAUCUCGGCUAGUACAGCAUUGGGUGUAUUGACGGCGGUCAUUGCUUGCAUUCGAGUCUUGAUUGAUAAUCGACAUCGACUACGACCUGAACGUGUCAUCAAUAGCAAAUCAAACAUCUUCCGAGAUAUCAAGGACAUCACUGUUGCCUCCUGCAAGUUUUUGGCUCGUAAGCUUUGUGGCUGCUGUCGACGUCGCAAGGAUGAUACAAUCGAUCGUGAUGAUACUGAUCAGCGACAACCAUUACUCAACAACUAA